AUGCAGCUGCAGUUCCGGAGCUGGAUGCUGGCUGCGCUCACGCUGCUGGUGGUCUGCCUCAUCUUCGCAGACAUCUCGGAGAUCGAAGAAGAAAUCGGGAAUUCUGGAGGCAGAGGUGCAAUCAGAUCGGCCGUGAACAGCUUACAUAGCAAAUCUAAUAGAGCUGAGGUUGUAAUAAAUGGCUCCUCACCACCAGCUGUUGUUGACAGAAGCAACGAGAGCAUUAAACACCACAUCCAGCCGGCCUCCGCCGCGUGGAGGCACAACCAGACGCUGUCUCUGAAGAUCAGGAAACAAAUCCUAAAGUUCUUGGAUGCUGAAAAGGACAUCUCCGUCCUCAAGGGGACCCUGAAGCCCGGAGACAUUAUUCAUUACAUCUUCGACCGAGACAGCACGAUGAACGUGUCCCAGAACCUGUACGAGCUCCUGCCCAGGACCUCGCCGCUGAAGAACAAGCACUUCCGGACGUGUGCCAUCGUGGGCAACUCGGGGGUCCUGCUGAACAGCGGCUGCGGGCAGGAGAUCGACACGCACAGCUUCGUCAUAAGGUGCAACCUGGCCCCCGUGCAGGAGUACGCCCGGGACGUGGGGCUCAAGACAGACCUGGUGACCAUGAACCCUUCGGUCAUCCAGCGUGCCUUCGAGGACCUGGUCAACGCCACGUGGCGGGAGAAGCUGCUCCAGCGGCUGCACAGCCUCAACGGCAGCAUCCUGUGGAUCCCCGCCUUCAUGGCCCGGGGCGGCAAGGAGCGUGUGGAGUGGGUCAACGAGCUCAUCCUGAAGCACCGCGUCAACGUGCGCACUGCGUACCCCUCCCUGCGCCUGCUGCACGCCGUCCGCGGAUACUGGCUGACCAACAAGGUCCACAUCAAAAGACCCACCACCGGCCUCCUGAUGUACACCCUGGCCACGCGCUUCUGCAACCAGAUCUACCUCUACGGCUUCUGGCCCUUUCCGCUGGAUCAGAACCAGAACCCCGUCAAGUACCACUACUACGACAGCCUCAAGUACGGCUACACCUCCCAGGCCAGCCCCCACACCAUGCCCUUGGAGUUCAAGGCCCUCAAGAGUCUGCACGAGCAGGGCGCUUUGAAACUGACUGUCGGCCAGUGUGACGGAGCCACGUAA